AUGGGCAGUCACGUUGACACCUCGUCGGAGGUUCCAAAGGUCGACACGGUGGCUGAAGCUCCGGAUGCCACAAAUGCGACGGCAAAUAGCUCAAGGGCGCCGGGAACUGGAGAAGCCGUGCCCUAUGGAGUGUUGCAUCUCCAAAAGCUUCGCCGAAGCCGUCCCCUAGACGUUGCGAUUGGCCUCACCGCCUCGACGUCCACUUUGGACAUUACCAAUGAAAGUUUGCAGCAGGCCAAGAAGGAAAUAGAUGCUCUCUGCAUUCAGUUAGGAGUGGACCAAGUGUCCGCCAAGUACUUCCUAACAUCGAUGCAACAGCACUCGACGCAUUACAUCUCCAUGCAAACCAUCGAUGUGCCACAGAGCGCCUCUUUGUACAGAUAUAUGGAGAAGAAGGACUUUGAGACCGCCUACCGCGUGGCAUGCCUCGGUGUCACGGAGGCGGAUUGGAGAGCCCUGGCGCUGGAUGCCUUGCAAAGUUUACGCUUCGACAUUGCGCGCAAGGCUUUCAUCCGCAUUCGAGACGUGAGGUACAUCGACCUGUUGAAUCGGAUCACUCAACAGUAUGGUCAGAAGACCAGCUUGACCCAUGAUGAGGAGAUGCUGAUCACAGCGCAGGUCCUGGCCUUCCAGGGCAAAUACGGCGAGGCGGCGCAGCACUACGGCCGCGCCCGCGCCUUCCACGCGGCCGUGGAGAUGUGCGCCGGGGAUGGGGCGGGCGGAGAAACGUGGAACCGGGGUUGCCAGAUCCUUGCGUUGGAAAAGGACUGGGAGGACGCCGCUGAGGUGAACCCUAUCCUGGAAGCUGAGGAUGCCACGGUGGAUCUGCGCUGGACGCUGGCUGUCAUGUCCUUGGUGGAGCCAUGA